UCAAACAGAUAAUAAAACAUGCCUGUAUAUGAAACUUCAGGUACACGUGUAACGUUCUGAGCGAAAAACUGGCUCCUUAGUGUCUGAUUUAAGGGGUCUGGUAAAUACGUUUUCUAUUUUUUAGCUUUUAUAAAUAUCUUAACUGUUUUGUUUGCGCUAAAGUGUGUUAAUCAUUUUAUUGUGACGUCUGUUAUUGUUUACUUCCCUUAAAAUGGUUCAAAAAGACCCGGUAGCGAACUCAAAUAUAUUUUUCGACAAUGGUUCCGUUCCAUCGGCACUUUGCAUUCUGUCCAAUCAGCGCUCAGCGAUUGUAUCCAAUCAGUGGACUCUAUUCCUGUCCAAUCACCGCGCUCUCUCUCUCUGCCGCCACCCAAUGGCCGCUUUCGGGCAUCACGUGAUUUUCGUGCGCCGCCAUUUUGUCCGGAGCUUCUCCCGCAAACCGGAAUCAGGCGAGGGCGAGUGAAGGAACGCCGUUGGAGGGGGCUGAGAACACACACACCGCCGGAAUUUCUCCACCUAUUGAUCCAGGACGGGGGGAAGAGGAAGAAAAAGAGACCGUUUUUUCCCCUCUCUCCGUGGCGCUCCUACAGCCGGAUUAGUGGACUUCCUUCCCCAGGUCCAGGUCGGACGUUAGGGUUUGAGCUGUUGAUCAGCUGAUGUAAGAUCUUUCAGGUUUCCCAACUUAACACGAUCUACAGUUUCAUUUCCGAGCUCGGUGCCAUUAGAGUUGGCAGAUCAGCAGGCAGUCAGGUGAACGGAGUGUCUGGAGAUCCGGUAACUAGCAGCGACAGAGAGAACUAGCAGAACCACUUUUAAACAGAGUUCAGACCGUGGCUUUGGAGGAACCCACAGAUUCCCCCUGGUAGCCUCAUAACUAUAACCUGUUAACCAGAUAGUUACAUUCGUGUCUCGGUUUGCUCAGGAAGCGACCGCAGGUCCACACUGAAGCCUUAUUUUCGACCAAUGUAACUAGUUUUCCGUCGUUUCUUUCGGGGUACGUGGCAUUUUCUUCCCUCGGUAGUCUCUCUCUCUCUCUCUCUCUCUCUGUGUGUGUUUUUUUCCUGACCUGGCUGACCGGAUUGCCAGCGAUGUCCUUUUGCAAUCUUCCUCUCUGCUCAGAUUUCACCGCUAGAACCUGCACUCGGGUUGAAGGCUGUUAUGGUUAUAUUAGCUAACAUCAGCUCAGUCCAUCAGAUCCUCCAGGUGUAGAUUUGACACUUGGGAUUAUAUUUCUACUAGAUAGGUAGAUAGAUACUUUUUAUAUUCUAUUACAAAAUACACGUUGGGGAAAAAAAACACAUUAAGACUGCUUUAAAUAUCUAUAUAUCUAUAUAUAAAUCUAUAUACUAUAAGCAGUCGGUUUGCUGACUCGAGGGGUUUUGCUACAUUCGCUCAUAUUAGUGAGCCAUUCGGGUUUUGUAGGUUUUUUUUCUUUUUCAUUUUGGGAGAAAAACCCGUCCAGCUGAUCAGUGCUGAGGAGUGUGAAGCUGAAACAUGUCCGGGCAGAGCAUCACGGACCGCAUCGCAGCGGCGCAGCACAGCAUGACCGGCUCCAGCAUUAGCAAAGCCGUGUGUAAGGCCACCACUCAUGAAGUGAGCGGCCCCAAGAAGAAACACCUGGACUACCUGAUCCACUGCACCAACGAGAUGAACGUGAACGUGCCCCAGCUGGCCGACACGCUGUUUGAGCGGACGGUCAACGGCAGCUGGGUGGUAGUGUUCAAAGCCCUCAUUUCCACUCACCACCUCAUGAUGUACGGCAAUGAGCGUUUCAUUCAGUACCUGGCCUCGAGAAACACUCUCUUCAACCUCAACAAUUUCCUCGAUAAAGGUGCAUUGCAAGGCUAUGACAUGUCCACAUUUAUCAGGCGCUACAGCCGCUAUCUGAACGAAAAGGCUCUGUCCUACCGGCUCGUAGCUGUCGACUUCACCAAGAUGAAGAGAGGUAUUGAUGGAGUGAUGCGCACCAUGAAUACAGAGAAGCUGAUCAAAACUCUGCCCAUUAUUCAGAACCAGCUGGAUGCGCUGCUUGACUUUCAGGCCAAUCCUAACGAGCUCACCAACGGUGUGAUCAAUACUGCCUUCAUGCUGCUUUUCAAAGACUCCAUUCGUCUGUUUGCCGCCUACAACGAGGGGGUCAUCAACCUGCUGGAGAAAUAUUUUGAUAUGAAGAAGAACCAGUGCAAAGAUGCUCUGGACAUCUACAAAAAGUUCCUGUACAGGAUGACCAAGCUGUCCGAGUUUCUCAAAGUAGCAGAGCAAGUUGGGAUUGAUCAGGGUGACAUCCCAGAUCUCACUCAGGCUCCCAGCAGUCUGCUGGAGGCUUUGGAGCAGCACCUGGCCUCCCUAGAGGGCAAGAAGACUAAAGAGUUCUCUGCAGACAGCAGAGCCACCACUCUGUCCAGCGCCGUGUCAUCCCUCUCGAACACGGGCAUGUCCUUCACUCGCGUGGAUGAGAAGGAGAAACAGCAGGCUCUCGAGGAGGAACAGGCCAGACUGCAGGCUCUCAAGGACCAGCGGCUGAAAGAGAUGAGCAUGCAGACUCCUUCUUCGUCGCCUGUUACUCAGCCCGCAAGCAUCAACAACCACAGUGCGCCAGUGGAUCUGUUCUCCAACCACAACACCACCCAUGCCCCUGUCACCAACAGCGUGCCAAAUCUCACCAGCGACCUGUUUGACCUCCAGCAAACUUUCAUCCCUGCCGUGCAGAGCACUCCAUCCAUACCUACAGCCAGCAGUGCCUGGGGAGGUCUAGAGCGCGGCGCUCCCCAGCAGGCUGCUCAAAUUCCCGGCAUGAAUGUAGAUUUUGACGCAGUGUUUGGGACUCAAACUGCCAAUAACGAAGUGACGCCAGCACCUGGGUUCGAUUCUCUAGGAGACCUGUUGAAGCCCUCUUUACCAGCUCACAAUCCGGCUCCCAUGAUGCCCCCACACACAGGAGGCAAGCUGCUGGCUAACGACCUUGACUCCUCCUUGGCCAACCUCGUGGGCAAUUUGCAGUUUAGUGGAUCGUCAGUCAAAAAACCAGACAUGCAUUGGACACAGCCAGGGGAGAAGAAGAUGACCGGCGGCACUAACUGGCAGUCCAAAACCAUGAGCAGCACGACUGGCUGGAGUCCCACCCCCAUGCCACCUGCUCCCAUUCAUGUGCCCCACAUGGCUCAGGCCCCCAUGGCCUUCCCCAUGACCACACCUCAAGUGCCUGUGUAUGGAAUGGUCCCUCCUCAGAUGGGUCAGAUGGGGGCAGUUCCAAUGAUGACUCCUCAGCCCAUGAUGUUCCAACCUGUUGUCAGGUCCACCAACCCAUUUGCUCCAGUUCCUGGAGCUCAGAUGCAGUUUAUGUAGUAGCGUUGUGUAGCGGCGUGCCAAACAGGACGACAGAAUGACCCACUGAGAAACUCGAGCAUGAGAAGAGACAAAGACACCACCCACCAUCAACUUCAGGGAGCUGGAGGAGGAGAGCUGAAACACACAGAGAGAGAAAUGCAAAUGGAAGGAGUACAGGAGGAGCAGGAGCAUACAUUUUGCCAAGACUUUUCACAUUACUAUCUGACAUGACUUUUUCUCUCUCACACACACACACACACAUGCACACACACACACACAUACAUACAUGCACACAAUGUGCCACAACAGGGUAUCAGCAUGUUACUCAUUUUCUAUUGUAAUAUUGUUUUUGUUUUGUUUUGUUUUGCAUUAUGGGCUUGUCAGUGUUUAUUCAUCACAGGCUCAGUUGGUCAUAUACUGAGGAUUCCGCGUUGGUUAGUCAUUGGUUUCUAAAUUAGGUUUCAUGUCUGGAGUGAUGACGUUGCUUUGCUAUGUUCCUAAGGUUGCCCUGAGCAUUGUGUUUGGGUUCAAGCUGGGUGUGGAGGCACAGGCAGGGCGUUGUUCUUCACUCAGCCUAGUUCUGUCUGAUAAGUCCCGCCUUUGUCAGCGUUCACACGCGGCACUGUUUGUUUUUUUAUGACAAAAAAUUAAUUGUUGAUCUUUUUUCGCUUUCGUCAUGAAGCGGGACAGAUUUGUUACUAAUCCACAGUUUGGCAUUCCCAAGCACUUUAACUUCGUGUGUGUGUGUGUGGCUUGUUGCUGAAUUGUAUUCAUACACUGAGCUGGUCUCUGCAUGUUUGGAUGCGAUUAUUAUUAUUAUUAUUUUUUAACUAAUUCCGGCACCGUCUUUCGUAAACUUGUCAUCAGUGAUUAAACCAUUUGGUAACCUGUCCAUCCUGUGCGAUGGAAGAUGGGACUCAUUGGAAAGCCAUACUCCCAUACUCAGGCUCUUGUGCUCUCGAUUUGGAUGAAUUUCAUUUCUCCUGCCUCUUUAACAGUAGGAUACUACUUCUGCCCUCCUAGACUACAUGUGUAUUGUAGUGAAGUGCUGCCUGAGAUUAGUGAGGUCAGCUCUGUUCGACUGCUUUUGUUUAAGCCCUGACCUGUCGUGUUCAGCUUAUAUACGCCGAUAUACAGGGUCUUCACUUAUAUCAGUACUGAUAUCGGACAUCUUUUAAAUUGUCGGAUCAACUUUUAUUUCAAGAAAACCGUUUUAUAUCAGCAUUCGAGUCAGUCCGAUUUUUUCCGAAAUAUGAGGUAACAACCUGUUUUACACACAGAUGUGUGUGUGUGCACCAGAUUUCUGAAUAAAUCUGCCACAAACAUGCAAAUGUGAACUUUUGAUCUUUUCUACGAAAUUUACUAUAUAUAAAAAUCUUUCAGGUUUUCCUGAACUAAAAUAUUUUUUCGUAUUUCGUAUGUCUCAUCCAGAAGUCCCAGCAUUUUACAUUUCGAAAGAAGCAAAAUGACAUUUAAAGAUUACAUUCCGACUGCUGCGGCACGAGCGCAGGGCUGACAUUCUGACAGCCGGUAUCAGAUUACAACCCGAAUUGAUUAGACUUAUGGCAGUUUCGCUACAACAUGCAACUUUCCAGCGACUUGAUCAAAUCACGAGAUGUUCACAGUUUGCUAAAUUGGCUCCUUAUUUAAUGAUAUCUUUGUCAGGCAAAUAUCCAUGGCAGGACGGCAUCAUUUCCAACCUCGAUCUUAGGGGAAAUCUAUUUGUCUCUUUCAAACAUGUCAAAGUAUGUUACAGGCAGAAAAGCAAAAUGACUUUUCCCCACACCAAUAAUUUUGUCAUGCUCUGCUUUCAAGCUGCCGAUCGAUCUGUAGAUUGUAAGACGGCUCAGAAGGGAAGGACUCGUCGUGCGACAGAUAUUUUCAUCGUUCUUUAAACGAAAGCAGACUGUGAUGGACUUAAACAGCAUUCUGCAAUUAAUUCUGCCAAAUUAUCAGUUGUGAUUUCAAUUUGUUGUGAACAUAUGCUAUCUCUUUCUUUUUGUUUUUUUUUGCACCCCCUCCCACUUUCCAGGCACAUCGCCAUGGUGCGAUACUCUCUCUGGCUUCGAGGGGAGUGAAGAAACGUGCGUGCCAAUAUUAUUCAAAGAAAUUAGUGCUUGAUAUUUACUGCCAAGUUUCUUUCUUUUCACGUCCCGGAUAAAACAAAUAUCUGCAAAGUGCGAGCGUUGUCAUGGAAGCGCCGGCGGAGGACAGUUUCCAUGGAAGAGGCAGCUGAGUGUCUGUUUUGAAGGGCUUUUGUUUUCAUGCGUCCUGUCUCACUCGAGUCACUGUGGCGAGCUGGAUGGCAUGCAGGGUCGAAAAAGCGCGAUUCUUUACUCUGCUGACGACUGGGUGAAAAUGCAAUCCUUAUUUUAAUAAGCUCCUCUUUGCCUGUUAGACACUUUUCUUCUCUGCAGGAGAAGAUGAGGGAGCAGGAAGGCUCCGAGCUGCUUAGGUAUGAGCAGAGAAAUGUCAGUCGUGGGCAUGGAAGCGCGUGCGUGUCUGUGUGGGAGCUUUCCUGCGCUCAUCCUGCAUUCAGUGGCAAGUACACGCUUCGUUCAGUCUUUCAAAAUCAGUUUUUAAGGUGGGAAGACCAAAUUAUUCACUGCCAUGCACUUAGUUAUCUCCUUUAGUCAUUUAGUCCAACAUGGAAUAAUGGGGUGGCAGGUAUUUAGGAACAGAGCCGUCAUUGGGUGGGAGAACGGCCUGCACUCUGUCACAAGGCGAUUCUGCGAUUAUUUGGAAUCUGCUACACAAACAAGGUUCCCUCGUUCUUUCAGUGGCUCAGAACACUUCAAGAUUGAGAUGCUCUGUUUCUGACCGACUCUCAUGACCGUUUAAACGAAACGUUUGGCCGCAGUGUGAACGCAGGACGAGAGCAGCUCGUCAGUGAUCUGAGAGAGAAAGCAGCUGUUAAUGUUUGUCGCAUUUUCUUUUUUUAACACACAGCCCAGUAAUUUUUUAUAAAUUGAGCCAAUUACACAGCAAUUCAGAACCAUUUUCUAGGAUCGGAGCAGAUGGAGUGCGAAAAAAAGAUGUGCAGUUUAAAAACGUGUGUAGAUUUAAGCUGCUUCUCUCCAUGUUGCUCUGCUUCUGAGUGAUCACCCGAGUGCGCGUGUGUGUGUGUGUGUGUGUGUGAUGUGCGUCAGCAACCUCUUUCUCAAACACACUCGUGUGCUGCUGAUCUCAUUGACUUGUAUAACAAGGUGUGCUGAGGACACGUGGGCAUUUCCUCAUCAGCUGUUUGCCGUGUGUGUGUGUGUGUGUGUGUGUGUGUGUGUGUGUGUGGCUACAUGAAUCCUUAUGAUCUUUAAAACUAUAGAUGUUUUUCUUUUGUUUGUUUUUUAGGAGCACUUUGUCAUUUUAGAGCCUCUAACAAUUGUAAUAACCCCUGUACCCUUAUCCGACCCCCUUUGUGAGUUCCCUUUAUAGGAAAAGUAAAAAGGGCUGAGCUGCUCUGCUUUGGGGCGGAGCUUCGUUCUGGGCCAGAAGAACCUGCACACAAGCCUGAAACAGAAGUAGCAAUACCUACAACAGUGAAACGAACAAACACGGCAAUAUCGCGAGCGCCAGUUUAGCAAAAGACAGGAUUAUUUCAGGUCCAGAAAAAAAUAAAAGCAAACUGCUUCUUUAAACGUU